GGUUCCAGGAGGAGAAUGCCCCUUUCGAAUGCCACCCACUUUCAUUCCCCCACCUUCAUCCUGCUGGGGGUCCCGGGGCUGGAGGCGCUUCACUCCUGGAUCUCCAUCCCCUUCUGCCUUGGCUACCUGGUUGCUCUCGUGGGCAACUGCACCAUCCUCUUCAUCAUCAAAACGGAAGCCAGCCUCCACCAGCCCAUGUUCUACUUCCUCUCUGUCCUUCCGGCCAUUGACCUGGGCCUCUCCACCUCCACCCUGCCCAAGAUGCUGGCCAUCUUCUGGUUUGGCCUUGGGGAGAUCAGCCAUGGGGCCUGCCUGGCUCAGAUGUUCUUCAUCCACAGCUUCACGGGGAUGGAGUCUGUCGUGCUGCUAGCCAUGGCCUUUGACAGGUAUGUGGCCAUCUGUGACCCUCUGAGAUACACCACUAUCUUGACCAAGGCAAGGGUAGCCUGAAUGUGUGCUGCCGUUGUGCUGAGGACAUUCUUAUUUGUGCUGCCCAUUUCCCUGUUGACUCUCUGCCUGCCCUUCUGCAGCGAUCACGUCAUCCUUGCCCACACCUACUGUGAGCACAUGGGCAUCGCCAAGCUGGCCUGUGCUGACAUCCGGAUCAAUAUGAUUUAUGGCUUGUUCACUAUUACCAUCCUCAUGCUUGAUGUGGUCUUCAUUCUUUUGUCCUAUGUGCUGAUCUUGCGGUCUGUUUUCCGGCUCCCCUCCAAAGAGGCCCGGCUCAAAUCCUUGGGCACUUGCGACUCUCAUGUUGCAGUCAUUUUUGUCUUCUACACUCCUGCCUUCUUCUCCCUCCUCACCCACCGCUUCGGACGCAACAUCCCCCAGAGUCUGUCGUGCUGGAUGAGGACCCCUGGCCUACACUGA